AUGGCUCAGCAAUUGCGUCGCGGAAACCUUAUCGUUAGACCAAUUAGCGCAAAGCUAAUUAAGGACAAGGCAACAGGAACAAUGGAUCCAUAUGUGCUAAUCAGAGUUGGCCCACAAGAGCAGAAAACGAAUUAUUGCAAAAAUGGCGGAAAGGUCCCUAAUUGGAAUGAGCAGCUGAACUUCUCAGUGUCUGGGGAGGACCAAAUCCAUAUUCUAGUUUAUGACAAAAGAACUCUGGCAAAAGAUAAAGAACUUGGCGCUGCAACUCUUCCAUUAAUGAAUGUGAUUAGCAUGAAGCAGUUUGAAGACUGGGUUGAUUUGAUUCAUAAAGGAAGUGUGGCAGGCCAAAUUAGACUUCAGAUAGUGUUCAAUGAAGAAUUUCUGGGUGCAGGACAGGGUGUUGGCCAACAAGGAAUGGGGCAGCAUCUUCCUCAGCAAGAUUAAGAUUAAAGGAUUUCAAGUCUUCCAGAUUGAUGCUUCUUCAUGCUUUCGACCACCGGACCUCUGCUUGCCAAGGGUUCCCAUGAAUCUUAUCAACAGCGUCUCCUUGGUGACUUGGGGCUUACAGCUAGUCCCUGAGUUUCGACGGAUUAGAAAGACUCCUCUUGCUGUACAUCUUUACAGGCGCUAUGGAGGUAAAGUUUAGCCCGAUGACAACUUAGAGGGUCAGUAAAAAUAGGAAAAAAAAAGAACUACGGCCACCUGGAAUCGGGAGGAAAAGCCCGUAUCCCAAAAAUCAUCCGGAUAAUUAAUACCUGGACUGGAAUAACACCAGCUGACUUCUAAAGUUUACUCACCCCAUAAGGCACGCUCAAGGCAGUGCUAAGGGUAAGAGAGUGUUAAAAGGUCUUUGCAUUAUUUUAGGCCUAAAAUCAUUUUGGCGCCCAAAGUGGUGCAACCUCCAUCUGGAUAUAUUUCGUCACCGUCAUAUUAAUUAUUCCUUGCUCAGCAAGGAUAUUAG